AACAAAUAAAACAAAAUAAAAAAUACUGAAACGGUGUGGUACAUCUCCUGUUUUCGUACAUAUUUCUCUGUGCCAGAGGAUAUCUAAUAGUGAACUGUGCUGGUAUACAGAAAUAUGAAGAGACGAAAUGCCGAGUGUGGGAAAAUCAGACGGCCUGGUAAACGAGCUAAAAUAACAGACGGCAUUUACGGCAGCUCAACCAUCGUUAUCAGAAAGUCCACAUUCAUCUACUUGAAGUUCUUGCUGGUAUGGGCACUGGUGCUACUAGCCGACUUCAUUCUGGAGCUGCGCUUCGAGUACCUCUGGCCAUUCUGGCUUCUUCUACGGAGCGUAUAUGACUCCUUCAAAUACCAAGGAUUGGCAUUUUCAGUGUUUUUCGUGUUCAUCGCCCUCACAUCAGACAUGAUUUGCUUCCUCUUCAUACCGGUUCAUUGGCUGUUUUUUGCGGCUAGCACAUACGUGUGGGUGCAGUACGUCUGGCAUACAGAAAGGGGGAUAUGCCUCCCCACCAUUUCACUGUGGCUCCUGUUUGUAUAUAUAGAGGCAUCAGUGAGGCUCAAAGAAAUAAAGAAUAUGCCCUUUCAUUUAGACCUCUGCAGACCCUUUGCGGCACAUUGCAUAGGUUACCCUGUGGUCACAUUGGGCUUUGGUUUCAAAAGCUACAUUGGUUACAGGAUGAGGCUUAGAAAACAGAAAGAAGUGGCCAAAGAAAACGACUUUUACCAGCACCUCUUACAGCAGGCUUUACCUCCUGAGCCGCCAAGCAGCACAACGAGUGCUUCCGACAAAGCACUGUGUAAAAUGAGCGAAGAAACUCCUCCGAGCAACGGAACGUGCGGCGGACGCAAGGCGACCGCGAAGCUCUACGCCGAGGCGGACGCCAAGAAUAACGUGACCGUCGCCGCGGCACUCAUGGACAAACACGAGUUUCAGUGCGUGGAAUCUCCGACGCCUCGCCGAUUGUCGAGCGUGAACGACUUUGACGCGACGGAAGAAGUGCACGACAAGACUGCUUUCAAAGUGAACGGCGUGUGCAGUUCACCGACGUCGCGGUCGCCCUCCGUUGCCAAGUGGAACGGCAAGGAGGUGACCGCGGCCAAUGGAACCAUCAGUUCAGGGGGGGGCGGCGGCAACAAGAAGACGGGAAGUGGCCGCAACAUCAAUAACAACAAUAAUUGUGCGACGGCCAACAACCUGGCCGUCAGUCAUCCCAAGGAUGAUCAUUAUCAACGGUUAGAAGCAGACAUCAAGCGGUUGAAGGCAGACCUUCAGGCAAGCCGGCAGGUCGAACAGGACUUGCGGACACAGUUGCACAGCAUCACAGCGGGGGAGCGGUCGGUGAAGAAUGAGCUCUCCCAGCUGCAGCUCGAUAACGAGAACCUACAAAACAAGCUGCACAACUUGGUGACUGCUCGACAGCAGGACAAAGGUAGCCUAUCGCAGCUGCAGAAAACACUGCAGGACGAGAGAAAGACACGGUCACAGCUUGAGGCCCAGCUGACGCAGGAGCGUAGGGCCAAGAAGGCUGAGGAAGCCGCGGCCGCUCGGGCUGCCGUCGCCAUGGCUGCUGCCAGGAGCGAAUGCACCGAAAGCUGCAAGGCAAGGCGGCGAGAUCUCGAAAACGAUGUCCGGCAACUGCGGAGGGACAUCAAAAUGCGAGAAGAGCAGCUUCGAGCCGUCGAACGGGAAGCACAGUCUUUACGUCAAUACAAGGACUCGAUGGGGGACACGGAGGUGCUGAUGUCGGCGUUGUCGGCCAUGCAAGACAAAAACACCCACUUAGAGAACUCCCUCAGUGCGGAGACUCGCCUCAAACUCGACCUCUUCUCUGCCCUUGGGGAAGCAAAAAGGCAGCUCGAGAUCAGCCAGGCCAUGUUGAGCCAUCGAGAGAAAGAGGUGGAAGAGCUCAAGUCUAAAAUAGCAGAGGUGAUGGCAGUCAUGCCGGCGGCAUACCCAGCGGUGAGCCUAGACUCUGGCCUGGUGUCUUCCCUGCUGUACGGUGGCGGCCCCGGUGGCAAGUUUGGCCAGGAGGAAAAGGUGACCAAGUCCAACCUGGACCCCAACGCAUCCGUCUACACCCCCAAGAUGGUGGUGCCCCCCGACCACUGAGAGACGACUCUACGGCAUGGCCAACUGUCUUCACCGCCCCCUCCCCCACCUUCCCCCACGAAAAAGAGAAGAACUUCCCUCCCCCGUCGUCGGUGUGUGCGUGUCUCGCACCACUGCGCCCGCCGCUCGCUCGCUCACCCCCCACAGCGUCUUUUUGCCUGCCCUUUAUUUUUUUUUCUUUAAUUCAUUUCUUUUUUUUUUGUCAGUCCACCCAUCUCAUUUUAACUGAACUGGAGACAGGAAGAGAAAAUGUCUUUCACACAG